UUUUCGGGACAGAACCUAACCCUGUCCCCACAGACCCCGGUGCUCUUCACCAUGACGGUCCAUUUUACUAGGAAAGUUGUAGUUUCUGAGGCAUGACUUCAUACGAAAGUGUUAAAUUAUGAUUUAUUAUGUCUGACAGAAGGAAAAGAGGGAAAAUGUUUCCCUCAAACAGUCACGAGUUAAAAGAAUGUUGUGUUCUGAUUUAAAGUGUUUCCCUCAAGCAGUCACAAGUUAAAAGAAUGUUGUGUUCUGAUUUAAAGUGUUUCCCUCAAGCAGUCACAAGUUAAAGGAAUGUUGUGCUCUGAUUUAAAGCGUUUUUACAUCUCAACCAGCAAAAAUACUCUGUACGCCUGUCAUUUUUACGACCUUCAACCUACGGACAAUGGAUGCUAAGCAGUUGCAAGAAGAAAAACUUUGGAAGAUACUUAAAGAAAGCUAACAACAAUAGUCUGGAUCUGCCAGCAGACAGAAUGGAAGAACGACCCGAACUCAGAUCGGAGGGAAAAUUAAAGCAUUACCUAAUUCCCAAGAAGAAACCCGAAUCUGCUUUGAUGUGUCCUAUAUCCAGAUCAACAUUAUCACCAGAGCAUCGUAACUCGUCGUCUUCUUCCGGUUCAACAAACCAGAUGUCAUCUCCUUCGUCUGGUUCAUCAAAACAUACGUCCUCAUCUUGGUCUGAGUCAUCAAAUCAUCAUACCUCAUCGUCCUCGUCUAGAUCAUCAAACCAUCAUACGUCGUCCUCCUGGUUUAGAUCAUCAAACCAUUCUGUAUCAUCCCCAACUAGAUCAUUAAACUAUCACACUUCUUCGUCCUCGUCCAGUUCAUCAGAUAAGUCGUCGACUUGGUCUGGAUCGUCAGGGACCCAUCUUAAUUCACCCUCGAGACACUCCGGUUGCCUAAGUUCUUGGAGACCGGACAAACACGUGUCCCGUACAUCCCCUCAUUCUUACAAGUCUCACGAGUCAUCUUCCUCAUCAAUGUAUCAGUCCUCUUCAUCAGGAACGGAAACAUAUGUGGUCAGAAAGAUAGUCAGAAGAUCCAAUAUCGAGUCCCAGCAGUCUAAAGCGAACCACGACCGCCAUGUGGUGCCCACAAUACAUCAUGCCAGGCCGCUGGUGAGGACUCAUACCGGCUCGACCUCUCCAACACAAAGGAAUACCCACGCCCAUCAACAGACUGCUAAAAAGCGGACACCGAAUGCUAUUCACAAAGAGAACAGCAAAAAGCGUGAGGGAGGUCUGAGAGAGGGGAGGCACUCGGGGAAACAAAGAGAUGUCGCCGACAAACAUGGCGAGAAAGCUAAGUCUCCCGUAUCUGUGCACGACAUUGUCUCCUCUGAGGAAGAUGAGACUGAAUAUACUCUUAUUCACGCUCUCUUGUACGACAUGAAGUCCGAGAGAAAGGCUCAGCUAAAGAGGGAGAAGAUAGCUCGGAAGGCCAAGGAAGCGUGGGAAAGAGCUGUGAAGAAAGAUUAUUCAAACACUGAGAAGAAACCUAGCAGGAAAAGGACGUCGCCUCAUAAAAGAAGUAUUUGCAGCAGUCAGAUUUUCAAGUCUUCUUCUGAAAAGUCAUGCAGUAGCGACACAAAUAUAAGGGAGAAUAGCAUGUCACCAUUGUCAGACUGGGAAACGACACCAGCACUAAGUAUGCCGAAAAAACAUAUCGUCCGACAUUCCCGCAAUGGCGCCUGUACGCCAAUGAACUAUGGGGCAGUUCUGACAAUGGCAAAACAAAAUCUGGAAAAGAAAAUCAAACCGAAGAUAACGACCCUUACGAAAAUGAAAAUUAUUGAAGAGCCGGAGACAGUAUCUCCGGAAGAGAUGGAAAGGGAGGAGAUAGAAAAAGCCGACGUGUUCUCUGACUGUUUGAAAGUUGGUGGGGAACUCUUGAGCCAGAGUGCCCUGGUCGGAGACCGUGCUGUUUCUCCUCCAGCAUCCAAGACACGACCGAUCCCUUCUUCUGGUUCGAUUCGGAACCUGCUGAAGCCAUUGCCGUGCAGCGAGCCUGUUUGCUGUAAAGAUUCUUACAGUGGCAAGACUGCCCCUCAAAUAUGCAGAAAACUUGUCUUCUAAAAUGACAGGAAAAAAUGGUAGAAAUAUAUACUUUUGCGAAUCAGCUUACGUUGUUCCAUGUUGAUGGAGCAUUCGAACUAAGCAGACUAUAAUUAUAUAAAUGAAUAACAGUUUGAUGAAUUGGUGAAAUGUAGGCAUUUAUGAAAAUGUUUGAACCCCACAUUUUGCUUAUAGUUCUUGCAACCAUGCGUUUCGAAGUGCAUGAUAUCUUCAUGGUUCAAACAAGCAUAGGAAACAGUGAGAUGCUUAUAAAAAGCAAAGUCCAUAAAUGUAUUAUGUAUAUUGAUGUGUUUGACAUUCAGAGACUAGAAAAUAAAUGAAAAGCUUAAGAUCUCAGCUCCACUUAGAAAAAGAUUGUAAGACUGAGAGUUUUCUGGUAAUUUUGGAAGUGUUGGGCACGUAAACCUCUCACCGACAAAAUGUUCUUUGACUUCACGGAAGUUAAAAAGUUGUGAGAAUCUUAUUGCACUGAGGGACAGACUUACAAUUGUGACCAGAUGAAAAUGCGUUCAUUUCCAAGGAAAAUUUUGAUCAAAUCAGAAGAAAAGUAUUUGCAACAAAACUUUACACCUGUCUGAGACAAUGAUAGCGACUGAGAAAGUUGACUGAUUCUUCCGAAGAUGUCGUUCGAUAUAAUAUUGCUUUGGUCUCCGCGUUUUCCAUUGUUUUUUUGUCCCUCAGUAUCUCAACGUAUAUCACAAGAUCAGGACAGUUUAGUUAUAGUAACCAGCAGGUUUCAAGAGACAACGUUAAAAAUUGACCAAUGGGCAGUGUAGUUCUUGGGACGGCAAAGAUUUUGUGGCUUUUAGAAAACAUCCGUACACAACGGGCACGGUGAAACGUAUGUCUGCAUUCAGCAUUCACCCCUGUAGUUGCUUUUCUUCGAAGAUAAUUCUACAUAAUUAAAUUAUCGUGAAAUGAAGUUGCUAAUAGCAAACUUUAUCACUGCACAACAUUUCUUAGAAACAGUGAAUAAUGUGACUGUGCUUUCUUUCCCUCUCUGACAAUGAUUGUGUCGUGUACCAUGAUUUUUGUCACCAUUGUGCUGUAUAACUAAGUGAUAACCUGGCAGUCUGUCUUCUGAUCUUUUUAAUCCAUUACUGCUGUGACAUGUACAGUUAAAGUGGGAACAGAUGUAAAAAUGUAGGAACUCAUGAAAUACGACAUGAAAUCAAAUGAAAUGUAACAUUCUAAUAGUACUCAUGUUAGCUCCGAAAUGUGGGAGAUUUCGUUGACUGUGAAAAAUCGUCUAUAUUAUACCUCUGUACAAUGUAUAUAAUCGAAUGUUUACAGGACUGAAUACGGUCAGAGUUGUAUAAUGCCUAUCAUAGAAAUCAUGAAAUAACGAUGUGAGGUUCGAGACGUGAAAAACUUUACAGAGUGGCUAUCCCCCCGAAUUGGGGUGGUGAGCGUUUUGCUACACGAACUAAUUCGGUCGAUUAGUCUGACGCUUCUGGCCCGUGGGGAUUUCUGCCUCUCUCUCUCUCUCUCUCUCUCUCUCUCUCUCUCUCUCUCUCUCUCUCUC